GGCAAUGCUAUGGGCAUGAAGCAUCCUGGGACACGUGCACCCAGACUCGUGACCCAAAGCAGCUUGGCAAAGGUGCUGGCAAAGAGCGUGGCACAAAAGGUCCUGGGCCCCCGGUGGACGGCAAGUUGAGCAGGAGCCAGCGAGGUGGCCUUGGCCCAAGGCGGCAGCCAGUGGUGCCCUGGGCUGCACGGGGCAAAGCCUUGCCAGCAGCUGGAGGGAGGGGACCCUUCCCCUCUGCUCGGCGCUGCUGAGGCCAGGCCUGAAGUGCUGUGCCCGGGUCCGGGCUCCCAGGGCGAGAGAGACACGGGCAUAGUGGGGAGAGCCCCCGCUGCCCCUCCCCCACCACUGCGCUCAGAAUGUUGGGGUGUGUUGACCCGGCGCUGUCCCGGCAACGCUUCUGUGCCAACUCGGAGUGCCAGGGGUGAGAGCCAAGCUCUUGCCCUGCACCACUGGGACGGCACUGGGGCGCUCUCCGCCAGAUUUUUCCACGCGUCUGGCCACCCCCUCGUGCCCCGCAAGCGUGCCCAACGCGAGGCAGCUCUUGGUUCCGUGGCCAUGGGCCAGGUGAAUUGCUGCCGCGGCUCCAGGGACGAGCCUGAGCCUGAGCCCCAGCACCCACGCAUGCCCAACGGUGGAAGUGGCCAGGUGGCUGACGGUGGCGCCCGCAGCAGGAGGAGGAGGUGGCUGCCCUGGCGCUUUGUGCGGCCAGGGACCUCGGCGGCUGCAGAGGCACCGGGGCCGUCGGGCUCUGCCCGCACGGGGCUUCUCUUUGGCCGGCCCCUGGCGGAUCUCUGCAGCCAGGACGGCAUGCUGCCCCAGCCCAUGCAGGACCUGCUGGCUCUGCUACACGAACAGGGGCCAUCCACGGAGGGGAUCUUCCGGCUGGCGGCCAGCGAGCGUGCCUCCCGGGAGAUCAGGGAGGCCCUGGACAGCGGGACCGAGGUCCACCUGGCAAGCCAGCCGGUGCACGUCCUGGCCGUCAUCUUGAAGGACUUCCUGCGCAAGAUCCCCUCCAAGCUCCUGGUGGCGGAGCUCUACCAGCAGUGGAUGGCCGCCCUGCAGAAGAGCAGCAGGGAGGAGAGGCUGGUGGGGCUGAAAGAGGUGGCCCGAAAGUUACCCGAGGCCAACCUCCUCCUCCUCAACACCUUGCUGCGGCUGCUGCAGAACAUCAGCAGCAACGCCACCGUCAGCAAGAUGACAGCCAGCAACCUGGCCAUCUGCGUGGGGCCCAACCUCCUCGGCCCACCAGAGGAGGACACGCUCCCUCUGGACACGCUGGUGCAGGCGACAGCCAAGGUGACCCAGCUGGUAGAGUUCCUCAUCAACCACCGGGAGGAACUCUUUGAGGCCGAGGAGGAGCGGGAGGAGGAGGAAGAGGGGGCUGGGCUCGCCGCUGAAGGGGCCGAGGAGUCGCCGGCAGCAGGAGCAGAGGCGGAAAGCGCCGAGGUGCCUGCAGCCGCUGCAGAAAGCGAAGGCCAGCACAGCUCCUCUGGGCAGAGCAGCUUGCCAGGCUCUUCGCGGGAGGGGGGAAAUCCUUCCCCCCGGAAGAGAAAGCUCCCGCGCGAAGAGGAGAGCGAUGCGCAGCCCAGCAAGCGCAGGAGGAGCCUGGAGCCAGGGAGCUCAGGAGCGGGCGACUGAGCCAAGCCAGGUUGAAGAGGAAGUCGCCCUCGUGUUGCCACCCUCACGUUGGCUCGGCCGGACGGUCCAGAGUUUGUUUUAGUUAGUUUGUUGGUUAGCAAGUUAGUUAGUUUGUUAGUUAGUUUGUUUGUUGGUUUGUUACUUAGGAGGUUAGUUAGUUUGUUUGUUGGUUAGUUACUUAGCAAGUUAGUUAGUUAGUUAGUUUCUAGUGUAGGUAGCUGUGUACUGAGUGCACUUUUUUUUCACAUACGGGUUUGCAAGUUUCCAAAAUUUUCCCAUAGGUUUUUGAGCCAGUAGGGCAAGAGAGUUUGUUUGUUUGUUUGUUUGUGAGUUAGUUAGCAAGUUCGUUAUUUUGUUUGUUUGUUAGUUUCUAGUGUAGGUAGCUGUGUACUGAGUGCACUUUUGGUUCACUUACGGGUUUGCGAGUUUCCAAAAUUUUCCCACAGGCUUUUGAGCCGAUAGGGCCAGAGAGUUGGUGAGUCAGGUCGGUAGGUAGGUAGGUACAUUUGGCUGAACUGCACAAGCUCCCAACAAAUGUCUGGAGAACAGCCCUGCUGUCAACAACGUCUGCGGCUGCACAAGAUGAGGGCCUGUCUGAAGGAGCUGCAAGAAUCCACUGCCAAGCAAGAAAACCUGGCGACCGAGCGACUGAGGCAGGAUCCAGCUGUGCGAGCCUCAGUCCUGCUGAGCAGGGUGUCCGGCGCGGAUGUGAGCCCUGGCUGCAGCUGUGAGGGGACCGUGGCCCCGCGAGGUGCCAAAGGAAGAAGACUUGCUGCUGCGUCAGGGCACGACUUAACCU